AUGCCUCCAAAAUCGAUGCCGAUCUCGUCCCAGGGUCUCUAUGUCAUCCCUGAGAAGCUCGUUCUCGACGUCUUUCAUUGCUGGGAGCAGAAUCCUGAUUCGGUCUUGAUCAGGGAGCGGUCAGCUAUUGGCCCUGAUCGGGAAUGGACCGUCGCUGAGUUCUUGUAUGAUGUCUUGAUAAUACUCGGCAGGUUGCGCGAUGCUGUGUGUGUCCAGCGGCUCGAGCGCACGGCGCGUGGUGCUUCGGUCCAUGAAAAGGACGAUGAUGACUAUGUGGCUGUCCUUGCGGGUGGAGGGUAUGGCUUUGCGGUUCUGACGCUGGCAAUCUAUGCCAUCGGCGCUGUGGCGGUGCCCCUAUCACCGCGAGUUCUUCCCGAAGAAGCGCAAUAUUUCCUGUCAACAUGCAAUGCCGUCUUGCUGGCGACGACUCCUGAGAAUGCAGAGCAGGCUCAGGCCAUAUCGCGCGCCUCCAGCGUACCCGUCUUCACUUUUCGCCCAUCUCGAUCUCGAGAACGGGCCCAGAGCGAGGAAGGCAUUGACACCGAUGCCUUUCAGCCACAAUUUUACUCCCGUCAUGAUGCGACAUCCACAAUCCCCGGAGACAAUGGCUUUGUCCUGCUAUAUACAUCGGGAACAACAGGCCCUCCUAAAGGUGUCCUCCACACGCGAGACAGCGCCCACAAAUUACACCCGCCCACCCGAGCAUCCCACAGCAAAGAAGUAUCGCAGACCAUGUCUGAGACCUGGCUGCACCACCAGCCAGUACACUGGGGCGGCGGCUUCAUGAGUAUGAUGAAAUGCCUCCUGAUGGGAACGUGUCUCGAAUUUUGUGGGGGUGUUUUUAGUCCCGCCUGGCUGCUGGAUCGACUUCAGGAUCCGCGCCGGCCUCCGGUGACGGGCUUGUUUCUUUCUCCGCCGCUUCUGGAUGCUGUUGCCAGUGAUCUCGAAGGUCUACGCUUGAAUGCCCCGGAUCGCUAUGAGGGGGCUUUGGAGGGUAUCCGGGGUUUGAGGGCGCUGUCUUCGGGUGCGAUGCAGGUUAAUCCAAGGCAGAGGGAGGUGUGGGCGUCGCUACGGGGUGGGAAGCCACUUAUGGUGCUGUAUGGCUUGACGGAGAACUUUGGGAUCGUUGCGAUGACGGGUUGGAGGGGUUCUGAGGAGUCUCUGGAAUCGUGUGGCCCUUGCAUGCCUGAAGUGACUGUCAAGAUUGCCGAUGAUGGUGAAAUCUGUAUUAAGACCCCGGUUCUGUUCAAGAAGUACCUUUCUCCCAACCCGAAUAUCAUGGACAACGUCUUCGACUCCGAUGGCUUCUACCGCACUGGGGAUAUCGGACGGCUUGAGGACGACAGGUUGUUCGUGCUGGGACGGGCUUCUCAAGACGUCAUCCGCUCCCACGGCUGGAAAAUAUACGCUCUCGAGGUCGAGAACGCCCUCUCACAGAUGGACUCCGUCGUCCAGGCCAUUGUCCUCGGCGUGCCUGAUUCCCACGCUGGACAGCGCGUAGCGGCUCUCUUGGUUUACCGGGUUAGAGACAAAGGCAGGGCCUCGGAAUUCGACUUCUCGCAACUGCGAGAGACUCUUGCCAUCCAGCAUGGUUUACAGGCAUACAAAUUACCAACCAUGCUCCGGAUUCUGGAGCCUAGUGACAAAGUGGCCGUCACGGUGUCCGGGAAACCAAUGAAGACGCGGAUCCGAGAUAUGUUCUUCAAUGAGAAGGCUGUUGCGUGCGGCGAGGUACAGGUGUGGGAUUCGAAGAGCGAGGAGGGCGUGGUGGGGACGAGGCCGUUUGACUGGGCUGGGAUCCAG